UGCGAGUCAUGCAUAAUCGGCAAGCACCCACAUCAACCUCACCCCACUUCAGAGUCCCCUCCAGCCUCCCGCUUCCUUGAGCUAAUUCACUCCGACAUUUGCGGACCCAUUCCCAUUGAGACCCCCCAUCAUAAGAAAUAUUUUAUAAUCUUUCUCGACGAU